AGAGAGAGAGAGAGAGAGAGAGAGAGAGAGAAGGAAGGAAAAUAAAGAUAUAUAUAUAUAUAUAUGAAAAUGUCAUACAAGAGAAUUUCUAUGGACACUAGUGUUCUCGAAAAAUUAAUUCCAACGCAUUCCGACGAGGAUACCAUGGAGGAAAAAAAAGCGAGGGAAGAAACAACAACGAAAGAUACAGGAUACGGAACUGUCAAAUACAAGGACGAAAUCAACGAAUCCUCGUGGAAAUUUUGGAAGAAAAGAAGAUACGUUGUGGCGAUUUUAGCGUUUCUAGGAUUUUUCACUUCUUAUAUACUUCGCGUUAAUUUGAGCGUCGCGAUAGUUGCGAUGACUGAAGAUAAGAUCGACGAGAAUGGAAAAAUUUAUCAGAAAAAAGAAUUCGAUUGGGAUUCGAAAACGAAAGGACUUGUUUUGAGUUCAUUUUUUUAUGGAUAUUUGAGUACCCAAUUAUUAGGUGGAUGGUUGGCUGCUAGAGUUGGAGGUAAAAGAGUAUUUGGUCUUGGUAUUGCAGCAACAGCAUUGUUUACUAUCAUUACGCCUCCUCUUGUUAGAGCAAGCGUAUAUAUUCUAAUCGUUUUACGUAUUGUUGAAGGAAUUUGUGAGGGUGUUACAUAUCCUUGCAUACAUGCAAUUUGGGCUAAUUGGGCACCCCCAUUGGAAAGAUCGAAAUUAGCAACCUUGGCAUUUUCUGGUAGCUUUUUAGGAACCGUUUUUGCUAUGCCUGUUUCUGGUAUAAUGGCUGAACAUCUCGGUUGGUCUUCAGUUUUCUACGUAUUUGGAGCAAUAGGGCUUAUUUGGUUCUUUGCUUGGUGGAUCCUAGUCAAAGAUCAUCCUGCAGAUGAUCCUAGAAUAUCUCAAGCUGAAUUGGAAUAUAUUCAAAAUAGUAUCGGUAUUACCGUAAACAAAAUGAAAGUAAAACAUCCGUGGAAAGCUAUGUUGAGUUCUCCACCUGUUUGGGCUAUAGUCGCUGCUCAUUUCAGUGAAAAUUGGGGAUUUUAUACCAUGUUAACCCAAUUGCCAACAUUUAUGAAGGACGUCCUCAAAUCCGAAUUGGAAGCAACCGGUUUUAUGUCUGCUCUUCCUUAUUUGGCGAUGACCAUAGUCGUUCAAUGUUCCGGUCAACUGGCUGAUUAUUUGAGAACAAAAAAUCUUUUGACGACUACUCAGGUUCGUAAAAUAUUUAACUGCGGUGCAUUUAUCUUUCAAACAAUCUUUAUGAUCUCUACUGCCUUUAUCUCGACUAAAGUAGGAGCAGUUAUCUGUAUCACCAUAGCGGUUGGCCUUGGUGGCUUUGCUUGGUCUGGCUUUGGAGUCAAUCACUUGGACAUUGCUCCAAAACAUGCCAGUGUUUUAAUGGGAAUAGGUAAUACAAUUGCAACAUUACCAGGCGUCGUGAGUCCCAUUAUUACUGGAUACGUCGUUCAAAAUAAAAGUGCAACAGAAUGGAGGACAGUAUUUAUUAUUGCUGGUUCAGUGUAUCUCAUAGGUGCUAUAAUUUAUGGUAUUUUUGCAUCCGGUGAAAAACAAAGUUGGGCCGAUGAUACUUCGAAAAAACAAGGCGAAGAAGUAGUUUAUGAUAAUCCAGGAUUAGAAAUAGAUAAUUUAUAAUUAAUAAAUAUUUUAAUGAAAAAAA